AUGAGCGGUCCUGGGGAAAACAGAUGGCGCGGCGGGCCCAGUCGCCAAUCAUCGCAGCGCCAAUCCAACAAUGGCAACCGAGGAGGUGGACAAGGAGGUCCUCGCAAUGACAAUUCAUCCUCUGGCGCCUCGGGUCCAUCACAAGAGCAGCACGUUCCUGUCCGGGGCUUCAAUGCUUCAGAGGCCAGGAACCUUCUGAAGAGAGGAUCUGGAGAACCGAAAGCAACCCCGUACAAGCCGGCCGGAAAGGACAACAACCAACGAUCGGGUGGCCCUUGGGGCUCGAAGUUGAACACGAUGGCAAACGGAAAGGACUUCUUCCUCGAGCUUCGGAAACAGGUCGCUUCAUUGCAACGAACAGGCCCACCCGUCGGCGGCUGAUCAUGCCAACCAUACCUUUGAUGUAUUACUUUGUUUCAAAUACUCUAUUGCACAGUGUGCCGGUGGAUUUGGUUCAUUUGCACGGAUUAGAACGGCGCGUCAUCGAUACCCUACUGCGGAGGUUUCAUGUGAUGGGAGGACUCGGAUGGGAAGCUGGGGGCCAUCUGGCUGUUACAUUUCAUCGGCGUCUUUGUUUAUUUGACCGGGCCUGUCUCUACUUCAUGUC